AUGAGCAGAGGAGAUGUAAACAAACUGAUUAGCCAAGACAUUCAGUGCGAAGAUACGUAUAAGGAAGACAAAAUAAAAAUUGCUAACAGGCUGGUUAAAAACUUCUCCCUCCUGAAAGAACUAAAUUUGUUAAGUACCAUAAAGAAUGAACAGACAGAAAGAAAAGUCACGAAUGGCUAUAAGCAGGACAUAACGUAUGACAGUGAAAAUGUAAUUUAUGCAAACAAAUACGUCCUGAACUUUUUGCAGUUAAAAGAGCAAAAGAGGAAGAAAGAAAAAGAGGAAGAAGAAGAAAAAAAAAAAGAAAAAGAAAAGAGAAAAACCAAAUUCAAUACAAAAUCUGCCCAGACUAAUUUUUUAAGUGAAAAUGAUAUAACCCUUAUUAAUGAUACAUUGUAUAAAAAUUAUUUGUCCCUUUCUACAUACACAGAACAAAUUAUAACAUGCGAUGAGGAAAACAAUUUUAAUAUUUUUAAUAACCAAGUGAUGGUAAAGCAUGUCCCUGUGCCAACCUAUGAGGUCGUGAACCACUCUGCUCACUUGGAAAAAACCGUGCAAAUGCUAACCCUGUUAAUUAAGAGCUACAAUGACUCUUUAAAUUUAAUUAAGCUCCAACAAAGUGUGAUAAAUGACGUUUUCUUUUACACACACAAUUUGCUCAAGAACAAGCAGAAGCGGCUCAGUAGAAAAAAUGAACGUUUGGUUAAGGCCCAUUCGGUUAAUGUGCGCGCGAAAGAGGAGCCACAAAAGGGGGCCUCGACAGAUGUAAAACCACCGUUCUGUACGAGUGGAGAAGAGGGGGACAUACAGCCAGUGCUGUCCAGUAACCAAGGAAAUCUGCCGUCUAUGUACAAAACGCAAAUUGAUUUAUACAGAAGGCACAUCAGCCACCUGUAUCACGAAAAUGACCACUUGAAAGAGCACCUGAACAAGUGCAAGGAUGGGUCCAAAGACUAA